UAAAAGUACUUGUAGUUCCAAUUUCUAUCUUUCUUUUCUUUUCUCUCUCUUCUUCUCCCUCGCUUCUGCCUCUGCAACUCAAAACAAAACCCUAACGCUGUCUUCCAUCGGAAAAUGUACAAGAACCAGCUUCAGGAGCUGGCCCAGCGAAGCUGCUUCAACCUCCCUUCCUACACCUGCAUUCGGGAAGGCCCCGAUCACGCCCCCCGCUUCAAGGCCACCGUCAACUUCAACGGCGAGAUCUUCGAGAGCCCCCACUACUGCUCCACUCUCCGCCAGGCCGAGCACUCCGCCGCCGAGGUCGCCCUCAAUUCCCUCUCCCACCGCGCCCCCUCUCACUCCCUCGCCGCCAGGAUCCUCGAUGAAACGGGGGUUUACAAGAACCUCUUGCAGGAAAUUGCUCAGAGGGUGGGGGCUCCGUUGCCGCACUACUUUACAUUCAGGUCAGGCUUAGGACAUCUUCCUGUUUUUACUGGGACGGUAGAGUUGGCUGGAAUCAUGUUUACUGGUGAACCUGCCAAGAAUAAGAAACAAGCAGAGAAAAAUGCUGCCAUGGCGGCUUGGUCUUCUUUGAAGCAAUUGGCAAAAGAAACUGCCAAGUCUUCAACUGAGCCAGAGAACAAUGACGAACUAGAACAAAUCACUAUAGCACGGGCCUUACUGAACUACCGACUGAAGGAAAAGAUUUCAAUGUCAAAUCCAAAUGCUCCAAUUCCAUUUCCAAAGAUGUUUCAGAUUCAGAAUCCCAGGCCAACCAGUCCUCAGCCUCCACCUGCCGCCACAUCAAAGAUUCUUCCCUUAAUUUGCCAAAAGGCAGCUCCUCGUAACAGGCAUCUAGUUGCAGCAUCUCCAGCACCAGCUGUGAGUGACAAUUCUGCAAUGCCGCAACUUUCUGCUACACCAGAUAGCCGAGGAAUUCGUCGCCCCAAGUUCCCUGCUGCCGGAGCAGCUCCUUAUGUUCCCAUUAGACAAAUGAGACCACCUUGCCAUGGGAUGGCACCACCGGUAACGAUUCGGACUGCAAUACCUGUAUUCUCCCCACCACCACCACCAGCAGCAGCCACUGCAGCUGCAGUGUCCCAUCAAGUACUACGAGCUCCUUCUGUACGAGUUGCUCCUCCAGUCACUAUCCGGCAAGCUGUUCCAGUAUUUGCUGCUCCACCAGUUAGAAAAGAUGAACCUAUUCCCAUUAUAAAAGACGCUCCAGUAUUUGCUGCUCCGCCCAUUAGAAAAGAUGAACCUGUUCCCGUCCUAAAAGACGUUCCAGUAUUUGCUGCUCCACAGGUUAGAAAAGAUGAAGCUGUUCCCAUCCUAAAAGACGUACCAGUGUUUGCUGCUCCACCGGUUAGAACGGACGAACCUGUUCGCUCCCCAAAAGACGAUCCACCAACAAUUAGUGCCCCUAGCCUGGAAGACAAAUUGCCAGCCCAAACUCCGGAGACAGAAACCAAGACUGGGACUAUUUCACCUGAAUCUGAGAUGGUGCCGAGCAUGGAGCAGCUGAAAAUUUGAUGUUUAUUUUGAGUAGAGGUCUGAUAUCUGAAUCCAUGGAAAUGUGGUCAUGGUUUUAUGAUGAUGUGGAGUUUGCUUCUCAUGUUAUAAUGAGUGAUGUAAUAUCAUCCCUUCCUUUUGCCCUGUUAAAAUGAGACAGUUGGUGCGGGUUAGCAGCAUCAACAGUCCAAAUAUCUGUGAAAUGAGCGGUUUACCAUAUAAUUUGCCUUUUUUUUUUUAAUUUUAUAUAUGUUAGUUAUAUAUUUAUGGUAUUAUACAUAUUCAUCUUCCAUUCCCUUUA